AUAUACCACCUCUAUUGUGAAACGCGCAUGAAACGUUUUGGACUAAAAGAAAACUCAAUAAUCGCCCGAUAAUAGUAUGUCCGACGAUGAUGCGGGAGUGCAUCGCUUGGAGGGCACCACAGGCCAAGAUCAGCGUGGCGGUCUGGUCAUCAAGAAGCCCAAGGACAAGGACAACAGCAGUGCCACCAGCGGCGGCAGUGGCGGCAGUUUUAAAGUUCCACAGGGUUCAUUGCUGGGCCUUGAUAAAUUGGCAGCAAAGCGGCGUGCGGAGAAGGCGCGUGCCGAGCGUUUGAUUUCCUUUAAGGAUAAUGAAUACGAUGACGGUGGUGGUGGUGGGACACCAUCGAACGCGGCGAGCACAACGCCCGUCAGUGAAUUCGCCUUCAAAAAGCCGGAUAUAAAGAGCUUCGAGAAGCUAAGCCGGCAACUGCGUGAGCAUAAGGAUGAGACACCUUCGCAUACGGGCGGCGUCUCGGAGAAGGCACGUGAACGUCUGCGCGAGCACAUUCAACGGGAUCGAGAUCGUCACAAGGGUGCCGUGCGUGACACGACACGCGAUGAUUCCGCUUCAUACUCGGGCGAUAGGCGAGAGCGCGAGAGGGAGCGGGACAGAGAGCGUGAGCGGGACAGACAGCGACGUGGCGAUGAGCGACGGAAGCGGGCCAGGGAACAGGAUCAGGAGCGACACAGAGACGGCAGACGUAGGGAUCGAGAUCGCGAUCGAGAUCGUUCCCUAUCUGUGCGCAGCGUGCAUACGCCCAGGGAGCCAGGCACACCAGGUGGUGGAUCUGGAGGCGUGUCCAAUAGCUCAUGGGAUGAUGACGAUAAUGCCGAUGGCAGCGGUGCACGUAAAUCCGAUUGGGACUUUCCAACACCACGAGGCUCUGGUUACGGCACUGGUUCCAACUCUGGCGAUUGGUCCGAGAGAAGCAACAGCCGGAGCAGGAGUCACAGUCACAGUCAGAGUCAACGGGCUGCAAAUGCGGAUGACACAACACGUGCAACGCCAGCGCAUCGUUAUAAUCAAUGGGCACACGAUCGGAAACGGAGCGGUGCCACGCCCUGGACAGGGGAUGCCGAAUCCCGUGACAUGUGGGAGGAGGAGCAGCGACGCUUGGAUCGCGAGUGGUACAACAUUGACGAGGGCUACGACGACGAGAACAAUCCCUUUGGCGGCACAAAUGCCGAAUACUUUCGCCGACGCGAGGAGCAGCUGGAACAGAAGCGCAAGAAACGCAUCAGCGCCCAGCAGCGUCAGAAUAACCGGGACAAUGAGCUGUGGGAACGGAAUCGUAUGCUCACAUCCGGCGUGGUCACCUCCAUCAAUGUCAGCGAUGACUUUGAUGAGGAGGCCCUCGAACGUGUCCAUUUGCUGGUGCAUCAUAUAGUGCCGCCAUUUCUGGACGGUCGCAUUGUGUUCACCAAGCAACCGGAGCCCGUGGUGCCCGUCAAGGAUCCCACCUCCGAUAUGGCACUGCUGGCCAGGAAGGGUAGCGCCUUGGUGCGCAACUAUCGGGAGCAGAAGGAGCGUCGCAAGGCGCAGAAGAAGCAUUGGGAGCUGGGCGGCACCAAGCUGGGCAACAUUAUGGGCGUACAGCGGCCCCAGGAUGAGGAUGAUGCCAAAUUCGAUAAGGACAACGACACCGCCGACUAUCGCAAGGAUCAAAAGUUUGCCGAUCACAUGCGCGACAUGCAGGACACCAAAAACGGCGGCGGCAAAUCCGAAUUUUCACGCAAGAAAACGAUCGGAGAACAACGACGCUUCCUGCCCGUCUUCGCCUCACGCCAGGAGCUGCUCAAUGUCAUCCGCGAAAACUCGGUGGUCAUUAUUGUGGGUGAAACGGGCAGUGGCAAAACCACACAGCUCACCCAGUAUCUACACGAGGAUGGCUACAGCAAACGUGGCAUGAUCGGUUGCACGCAGCCACGUCGUGUGGCAGCCAUGUCCGUGGCGAAGCGUGUCUCCGAUGAAAUGGACACACAAUUGGGCGAGGAUGUCGGCUAUGCCAUACGUUUUGAAGAUUGCACCUCGGAGCGCACGGUUAUCAAAUACAUGACUGAUGGUAUUCUGUUGCGUGAGAGUCUUCGGGAUCCGGAUUUGGACAGUUAUGCCGCCAUCAUCAUGGACGAAGCGCACGAGCGUUCGCUCUCAACGGAUGUGCUCUUCGGACUGCUGCGAGAGAUUGUUGCACGUCGUCAUGAUUUGAAAUUGAUUGUUACGUCCGCUACAAUGGACUCGAGCAAGUUUGCCACAUUCUUUGGUAAUGUGCCGACAUUUACAAUUCCGGGACGAACGUUUCCGGUGGAUGUGAUGUUCAGCAAGAAUGCUUGCGAGGAUUAUGUGGAGUCGGCGGUGAAGCAGGCGCUGCAGGUGCAUUUGACACCCAACGAGGGUGACAUGCUGAUCUUUAUGCCCGGCCAGGAGGACAUUGAGGUCACCUGCGAGGUGUUGGAGGAGCGUCUCAGUGAGAUCGAUAAUGCGCCCGAGCUGAGCAUAUUGCCCAUCUAUUCACAGCUGCCAUCCGAUCUGCAGGCGAAGAUCUUUCAAAAGUCUGCCGAUGGGGUGCGAAAAUGUGUGGUGGCCACGAAUAUAGCGGAGACAUCGUUGACCGUCGAUGGCAUCAUCUAUGUCAUUGACUCUGGCUAUUGCAAGCUGAAAGUCUACAAUCCCCGCAUCGGCAUGGAUGCCCUGCAGAUCUAUCCCAUCUCGCAGGCGAAUGCCAAUCAACGUUCGGGUCGUGCCGGUCGCACAGGUCCUGGCCAGGCGUAUCGCCUCUACACCCAGCGCCAGUACAAGGACGAGCUGUUGGCCCUCACCGUGCCCGAGAUACAGCGUACCAACUUGGCCAACACGGUGCUGCUGCUGAAAUCGCUGGGUGUUGUCGAUCUAUUGCAAUUCCAUUUCAUGGACCCACCGCCACAGGAUAACAUCCUCAAUUCACUGUAUCAGCUAUGGAUAUUGGGUGCACUGGAUCACACCGGUGCAUUGACCACAUUGGGCAGACAAAUGGCCGAAUUUCCAUUGGAUCCGCCACAGUGUCAAAUGCUCAUCGUUGCCUGCCAAAUGGAAUGCAGCUCCGAGGUCCUUAUCAUAGUCUCCAUGUUGUCAGUGCCAUCGAUAUUCUAUCGACCCAAGGGACGCGAGGAGGAGGCGGAUGGUGUGCGGGAGAAGUUUCAAGUGCCGGAAUCGGAUCAUUUAACCUACCUCAAUGUGUACCUGCAGUGGAAGCAGAACAGUUAUAGCUCCACUUGGUGCAAUGAGCAUUUCAUUCACAUCAAGGCGAUGCGAAAGGUGCGCGAAGUGCGUCAACAGCUGAAGGACAUUAUGACGCAGCAGAAGAUGAAUGUCAAGUCAUGUGGCACCGAUUGGGACAUUGUGCGCAAGUGCAUCUGCUCGGCAUAUUUCUAUCAGGCAGCCCGUCUCAAGGGUAUCGGUGAAUAUGUGAAUUUGCGUACUGGAAUGCCAUGUCAUUUGCAUCCGACAUCCGCAUUGUAUGGCCUGGGCACAACCCCCGAUUAUGUGGUGUACCAUGAGCUGAUCAUGACUGCCAAGGAGUAUAUGCAAUGUGCCACUGCUGUCGAUGGCUAUUGGCUGGCCGAGCUGGGUCCCAUGUUCUUUUCGGUUAAGGAAACCGGACGCAGCGGUCGGGAUAAAAAGAAACUGGCUGCCGAGCAUCUCAAGGAGAUGGAGGAGCAAAUGUUGCAGGCGCAGCACGAGAUGGAGGAGCGCAAACAGCAGGCGGCACAGCGAGAGGAGCAACUGGCGGCCAAACAGGAAAUUGCCACUCCCGGCAAUGCAACACCACGUCGCACUCCAGCACGCAUUGGCCUCUAGGAUCAUCAUCCGAUCGUCUGAUCUGUAUUCAUAUAAAUUGAUAUUGAUAUACAUUUUGAUUUCUUUUCCAUUUUCUUUAAAUGUAGAAAAACACUAAAUUAUUUGUCAAUUUUUAUCAAACAAAUUAAAUUCCAAUCUAAUUGUUUAAUCUGUAAAAUCACAUAUUAGCUCCUUUAACUGUUUUUGUUUGCAUUAAUAAUGGAUAAUUAAAGUAUUGUUGGAAUUGUACAAGAAAAAUUGAAAAAUAAUAAUACAAAUUGAAUACAACAGUUAUUCUUUGAUUUGUAAAUGUUUAUUAUUUCAUAACAUGUUUAAUUGAGACCAAUGAUAAGAGUUGACAUUUACUUUUAUGAUC